GUAACUUACAUGAUCGAUCGACUUUCGAUUGCGUCCAAGGAUGGAGGUUUACAAUACGGCUCGGUCGAUAUAUCGACUACGCUACGCUACAAGGAUGAGGGAUAUCCUACAGGACUCGGGUUGCGUGAGCACCCACUCAUGAAGCAGUUUUUGAUUCACAUAAGGAAGAUGGCAUAG